AUGGGAGUGCGUGGUGGAACAGGCAAGGCAGAAUCCAACCCUCUCAACUCAACCUCCUCCAGUUCAGAAUCCAACCCUCUCAACUCAACCUCCUCCAGUUCAGAAUCCAACCCUCUCAACUCAACCUCCUCCAGUUCAGAAUCCAACCCUUUCAACUCAACCUCCUACUGUUCAGAAUCCAACCCUCUCAACUCAACCUCCUCCAGUUCAGAAUCCAACCCUCUCAACUCAACCUCCUCCAGUUCAGUAUCCAACCCUCUCAACUCAACCUCCUACAGUUCAGAAUCCAACCCUCUCAACUCAACCUCCUCCAGUUCAGAAUCCAACCCUCUCAACUCAACCUCCUACAGUUCAGAAUCCAACCCUCUCAACUCAACCUCCUCCAGUUCAGAAUCCAACCCUCUCAACCUCCUACAUUCAGAAUCCAACCCUCUCAACUCAACCUCCUCCAGUUCAGAAUCCAACCCUCUCAACUCAACCUCCUACAGUUCAGAAUCCAACCCUCUCAACUCAACCUCCUCCAGUUCAGAAUCCAACCCUCUCAACUCAACCUACAGUUCAGAAUCCAACCCUCUCAACUCAACCUCCUCCAGUUCAGAAUCCAACCCUCUCAACUCAACCUCCUCCAGUUCAGAAUCCAACCCUCUCAACUCAACCUCCUACAGUUCAGAAUCCAACCCUCUCAACUCAACCUCCUCCAGUUCAGAAUCCAACCCUCUCAACUCAACCUCCUCCAGUUCAGAAUCCAACCCUCUCAACUCAACCUCCUACAGUUCAGAAUCCAACCCUCUCAACUCAACCUCCUACAGUUCAGAAUCCAACCCUCUCAACUCAACCUCCUCCAGUUCAGAAUCCAACCCUCUCAACUCAACCUCCUCCAGUUCAGAAUCCAACCCUCUCAACUCAACCUACAGUUCAGAAUCCAACCCUCUCAACUCAACCUCCAGUUCAGAAUCCAACCCUCUCAACCUCCUACAGUUCAGAAUCCAACCUUCUCAACUCAACCUCCUCCAGUUCAGAAUCCAACCCUCUCAACUCAACCUCCUCCAGUUCAGAAUCCAACCCUCUCAACUCAACCUCCUACAUUCAGAAUCCAACCCUCUCAACUCAACCUCCUCCAGUUCAGAAUCCAACCCUCUCAACUCAACCUACAGUUCAGAAUCCAACCCUCUCAACUCAACCUCCUCCAGUUCAGAAUCCAACCCUCUCAACUCAACCUCCUACAGUUCAGAAUCCAACUCUCUCAACUCAACCUCCUCCAGUUCAGAAUCCAACCCUCUCAACUCAACCUCCUCCAGUUCAGAAUCCAACCCUCUCAACUCAACCUCCUCCAGUUCAGAAUCCAACCCUCUCAACUCAACCUCCUACAGUUCAGAAUCCAACCCUCUCAACUCAACCUCCUCCAGUUCAGAAUCCAACCCUCUCAACUCAACCUCCUCCAGUUCAGAAUCCAACCCUCUCAACUCAACCUCCUCCAGUUCAGAAUCCAACCCUCUCAACUCAACCUCCUACAGUUCGGAAUUUGAUCAGACUGGGAGGGACUAG